AUGGAAAUGCCCGGUCGAAGAUCCAACUACAGUCUCCUCAGCCAGUACCCGGACGAACAGCUAUCGGCGGGGACGCCGCCGCCGCCGUACUAUGACUCGUUCUCCAGCGACUCCAAGAGCGGCAGGAUUAAGUCGGAUAGAGAUAGAGGCUUCGAUUGGGAAGCCGGCGGCGGCGAUCACAGGUUGAAUCAGCCGGCCAAUAACAACAGCAACGGCAACAGUAAUCGGGGUAAUCUGAACUUGUAUUCGUCGAUCGGGCUGCAGCGGCAGUCCAGCGGGAGCAGCUUUGGGGAGAGCUCGCUGUCUGGAGAGUAUUAUGCGGCGCCGCUGUCGACGGGCGGCGGCAACGAGAUUGAGCCUUAUGGGUACGCGACAAGAGGGAUGGAUGCCGCCGCGGGGAUGACGACGGCACCGGGUUCGUCGGGGAAGAGCUGGGCGCAGCAGACGGAGGAGAGCUACCAGCUCCAGCUGGCGUUGGCACUUAGGUUAUCAUCGGAGGCGACUUGUGCCGAUGACCCGAAUUUUUUGGAUCCAGUGCCGGAUGAAUCGGCUUCCCGGUCUUCCAGCUCCAACUCCGCGGAGACCUUGUCUCAUCGAUUUUGGGUAAAUGGUUGCUUAUCAUACUUUGAUAAGAUCCCAGAUGGAUUUUACCUCAUUUCUGGGAUGGAUCCAUAUGUAUGGUCUAUUUGUACUGAUUUUCAAGAGAAUGGUCGUAUUCCAUCCAUUGAAACACUAAAGUUGGCUGAUCCUACCGCCGACACUUCAUUGGAAGUGGCGUUGAUUGAUCGGCGUAGUGAUCCGACCUUGAAAGAGCUUCAAACCAGGGUCCACAAUAUAUCUUGCAACUCUAUAACAACAAAAGAGGUUGUUAAUCAACUGGCCAAUCUUGUGUGCAAUCGCAUGGGGGGUUCAGCCACUACUGGUGAAGAUGAAUUCUUUUCUACAUGGAUGGAGUGCAAUGAUGAUCUAAAAGAUCGUUUGGGAUCGAUUGUUGUCCCAAUAGGCAGCUUGUCUAUUGGCCUCUGCAGACACCGGACAUUACUAUUCAAAGUUCUUGCUGAUGCAAUAGAUUUACCAUGUCGGAUUGCGAAAGGCUGCAAAUAUUGUAAAAGAGAUGAUGCUUCUUCCUGUCUUGUUCGAUUUGGCCCUGACAGGGAGUAUCUAGUUGACUUGGUAGGAAAGCCAGGUCUUUUAUUUGAGCCCGAUUCAUUGAUCAAUGGUCCUUCUUCCAUCUCAAUAUCUUCACCAUUGCGCUUCCCCCGGACCAAAUCAGCUGAACAUGCCAUUGAUUUUAGGUCACUGGCCAAACAGUACUUCGCAGACUGUCAGUCACUGAAUAUUGUGUUUGAUGAUACUUCAGCAGCAGGAAUUACUACCAGUGCUGAAGAAGACCAUAAGUUCCCUAACAACAAUGAAACUUCUCAACCCCUUCUGCCCCCUCGAGCUACCCGGACUGGUGGCCAGGAUAGGAGUCUGCAACCACCAAAAGUCUAUAACCCAGCCCAAAGCAAACAACCGUCAAACAUGCUCAAAGAUCAUACCCCAAUUAAGCAUGUACCUCCCACUGGGCAACAUCUUCUGUCUGUAUCGAGUUCCGAUGCAAGGUUUUCUGAAGGUAGUCAAUUAAUUUCUGGUAGACCAAGUAAAGAUCUAUCCCUUGAGGCGGAGGAAUUCGACAUCCCAUGGACUGAUCUUGUUUUGAAAGAGAGAAUUGGAGCAGGUUCUUUUGGAACUGUCCAUCGUGCUGACUGGCAUGGCUCAGAUGUUGCUGUGAAAAUUCUCAUGGAACAAGAAUUUCAUGCGGAACGCUUCAAAGAAUUCUUGCGAGAGGUUGCAAUAAUGAAGCGCCUAAGACAUCCAAAUAUAGUUCUAUUCAUGGGUGCUGUUACUAAGCCACCAAACCUGUCCAUUGUGACAGAAUACUUAUCAAGAGGUAGCCUGUACAGGUUGCUGCACAAGUCUGGUGCAAGGGAGGCCUUGGAUGAAAGGCGUCGGUGGAAUAUGGCAUAUGAUGUGGCAAAGGGAAUGAAUUACCUUCACAAGCGCAAUCCUCCUAUUGUUCACAGAGAUUUGAAAUCUCCAAAUUUAUUGGUCGAUAAGAAGUAUACGGUGAAGGUUUGCGAUUUUGGCCUCUCUCGCUUGAAAGCAAAUACAUUUCUUUCAUCAAAGUCGGCUGCAGGGACGCCUGAGUGGAUGGCCCCUGAAGUCCUGCGUGAUGAACCGUCAAACGAGAAGUCCGACGUGUACAGCUUUGGCGUAAUUUUAUGGGAGCUGGCAACAAUGCAACAACCCUGGGGCAAUUUAAAUCCCGCACAGGUUGUGGCAGCAGUUGGUUUCAAAUGCAAAAGGCUUGAGAUCCCCCACGAUGUAAAUCCUCAAGUAGCAAACCUCAUUGAGGCUUGCUGGGCCAAUGAGCCAUGGAAACGUCCUUCCUUCGCCAACAUCAUGGAAUCGUUAAGGCCAUUGAUCAAACCUCCGACGACUCCUCAAGCUGGUCGUCCAGACAUGGCCUUACUUCCCUGA